AUGUCCCCUACUUUAAAAGCUGUUCAGUCCCAGUUUCUGAAAACCAAACUUCAUGUCAUUUGCUCAAAUUUAAAUGCCCUUGGUUCAGUAUCAGCUGCUGAUUUGCAGGAAAUGUAUCAUAGUAACAAGGAUGAUGAGAUGGUACAAGCUGGACUCCGGGGUGCCCUGCCACUUCCAGUUGUACCCCAUGACAGUCAGAAUUCCCAGCACAGAGUUAUUCUUGGGGAGCUGAGAGAAAAUGGACAAUGUCUAAGAUCUUCUUCCCACGGACUUUCCAUGAUGAGACCAGUAUCAGGAUCAGAAAAUAUUUUUCCUAUGACUGGCAAAUAUCUAAUGCCAACCUCUGUAUCAUCCAAGAAAAGCGUUACUGUUUACAUAAAUAAAGUGGAAGAGAGAAGCAAAAAUGAUUUUAUAGCUGCAGAAGAAGUGGAAUAUAGUAUGUGUGAAACGGAGGCCAGUACAGUAAAACCUAACCUUCAUCUACUGUUGAACUUAAGUACAGUGUCUCCAAUGUUGGUGGAUAAGUCUCUGCAAAAUGAAGAUUGUGAGGAUAACGAAUUGGACAUGAGUAUUGAUGAAUAUGCAGAAGAUAUACAUAAUUAUUUAAGAGAUGCCGAAGUAAGAUACAGGCCCAGACCAUGCUACAUGAGGAAGCAGCCUGAUAUAACCCCAGGGAUGCGUGCCAUCUUAGUAGACUGGCUAGCAGAAGUUGGUGAAGAAUACAAGCUUCAGACAGAGACGUUGUACCUUGCUGUGAACUACUUGGACAGAUUUCUUUCUUGCAUGUCGGUCCUCAGAGGAAAAUUGCAACUUGUAGGAACAGCAGCAAUUCUCCUGGCUGCGAAAUAUGAAGAAAUCUAUCCCCCAGAAGUAGAAGAAUUUGUGUACAUAACAGAUGACACUUAUUCCAAAAAGCAACUGUUGCGAAUGGAACACCUGCUUCUUAAAGUACUUGCUUUUGAUUUAACUGUGCCAACCGUCAAUCAGUUCCUCCUUCAAUAUUUACAAAGACACAGUGUAAGUCUUAAGAUGGAGAACUUUGCGAAGUACAUAGCAGAAUUGAGUCUCCUUGAAGCAGACCCAUUCCUGAAGUAUCUGCCCUCACAAAUGGCAGCAGCUGCUUAUUGCCUAGCAAACUACACUGUGAACCGGCAUUUCUGGCCAGAAACUCUUGCUGCUUUCACUGGAUACUCACUGAGUGAGAUUGUGCCUUGCCUAAGUGACCUGCACAAAGCAUGCCUCGAUGCGCCUCAUCGACAGCAGCAAGCAAUAAGGGAAAAAUACAAGCUGACUAAAUAUAUGCAAGUUUCCCUCCUGGAGCCACCAACUGUUCUACCUCUACAAUGAAUUGCAGCAUGCCCAGAAAAACACAGAAGCUGAAGCACUUGCCUCUUGAUCAAUAGAGUUG